CAAAACGCGUGGGGUGCAGGCAGAGCAGACAUAUACCGGCCAAGCCAGAGCAGACCCUCGAGGCCUCCCUAUUCAUCCAUUCCCCCAAUACGUCGCCCAAAAAUGACAGCAACAAGAGAAGAAUACCUCUCCAUUGUCGCCGCCGAAGAAACCGAGCUGUUCAUCAUCUCCCUCGUCGACCGCAUCGUCGCCAAAUCGCAGGACGUGCUCUUUGAACGCCAUAUCGAGAGCCAAGUCCUGCCGUACGCAGUCCAGUUUGCAAAAGCGGCGUUGGAUGAGUUGGUUGAGUGGGAGUUUUUCAAGGGCGAUGAUGGCGGGAUUGAGGAGGAGACUUGGAGGCCCGAUGAUGAACCAGAACCGGCAAUAAUUGACUCCUGGGCCCCCGGCGCAAUACCCGUCCGCAAAUCCAUUAGCGCCACCCCUACAACCACCCAGGACACUUCAUCCGCCGUCAGACACACCACCACUCUUGCACCGCACUCACCCGGCGGCAUCACAUCUCUCUCAAAGCAAAGCAGCGCAGCAAGUCUAGUGGAUAAAGCAGUCUCCCCCGCCGACCCUCUGCGAUGGGGGGAAAUUGCGAAUGAACAGAUUCCAACGGCGAGACGGCGAACGAUGGGGUCGACUGCUGGGUCUGGGCUUGGUGCGACGUCUGCUACGUUUAGAUCCUCAAACGCGUCGGUGAUUUCGGCAGGCGGGAGGGAGAAGCGACAUGCGGUGGGUUUCUGGUUUGCGCAUCAGAGUCAGCGAGGCUGCAUAGCGGACGUGGGGGUUGUGAUUGGGAGACGGUUUUGAUCAAGUCAGAAUUUCUCCUUUCCAAACACGCAGGGCUCAGGAGCAGACCUGAAAUCCACCGCAUCAUCUGCAUCAGUUGGCGGCCGG